AUGAAGGCCUUACUCUGCAAAACCCCACCUCCGCCCCCACCCCCACCUCCGCCCCCACCCCCACCACCGCCCCCUGCCCGGAACUCAGGGUGCACGCAUGUGUACGGGUACGUGUUUGGGCACGUACCUGAGAACCAGCUCGAGCAUGUCUCAUCGCAGCAGGUGCUGGACACUGGCGAGCAGCUGAUGGUCCCUGUGGAUGUCCUGGAAAUGGACAACGACCGGACCUGGUGGAAGUUUCUACUUUCGGGCGCAGUGGCUGGGGCCGUGUCUCGCACCGGCACGGCCCCUCUGGAUCGAGCCAAGGUGUACAUGCAGGUCUACUCCUCUAAGACCAACCUCAUGAACCUGCUGGGGGGGCUACAGAGCAUGGUACAGGAGGGGGGCUUCCGCUCCCUAUGGCGAGGCAAUGGUAUGAACGUGCUCAAGAUCGCCCCUGAGUACGCCAUCAAGUUCUCGGCCUUUGAGCAGUGUAAGAAUUACUUCUGCACCACACAUGGGACUCCACCAUUCCAGGAACGCAUCCUUGCUGGCUCCCUAGCUGUGGCCAUCUCCCAGACUCUCAUCAACCCCAUGGAGGUGCUGAAGACACGGCUGACCCUGCGCCGGACGGGCCAAUACAAGGGGCUGCGGGACUGUGCUCGGCAGAUCCUGGAGAAGGAGGGGCCCCGUGCCUUCUACCGCGGCUACCUGCCCAACAUGCUGGGCAUCGUCCCCUAUGCCUGCACCGACCUGGCCAUCUACGAGAUGAUGCGGUGCCUCUGGCAGAAGUCAGGCAGGGACAUGGAGGACCCCAGCGGCCUGGUCAGCUUGUCUUCCGUGACGCUGUCCACCACCUGUGGCCAGAUGGCCAGUUACCCGCUGACCUUGGUGCGCACCAGGAUGCAGGCUCAAGACACUGUGGAGGGCUCAAAUCCCACAAUGUGCGGAGUCUUUCAGCGGAUCCUGGCCCAGCAGGGCUUGCCGGGGCUGUAUCGAGGCAUGACCCCCACGCUAUUGAAGGUGCUGCCCGCCGGCGGCAUCAGCUACCUGGUGUACGAAGUCAUGAAGAAAACUCUGGGUGUUUCGCCAGUGAGCUAGGCAACAGGCCCUGGGUGGAAAUGGACAGGAGCGCCUGGCGUCCCCUAGCCCCAAAGAGCCCUGCAGGCUCAGGCUCUGCGCAGGGCAGCUUUUGGAAAGAGCAUGCUGGGAGCCUAGGUCGGGAGAUUCUGAAGGCCCUCUCCCCAUGGAGCAGCCUGGGACUGUGGUUUGGAAUAUUGCCAAGUGCAACCAGGCUCGCUGGAUUAGGGGCGAAAUGGCGGACGUGCAGACGGCCAGGAAUAAAAGAAUGAUUUCUGCCCAGCGUGCCAGAUCUUUGGGCGCCGGAGGGGAGCUGGGUGCUUGGGAUCCCCGGGCCCAGGAGGGAAGCAAGGGACCUUAGGUCCCCGGGUCUUGAAGGGGAACUGGGAGCCUGGAUGUUGUGUGGGUUCAGGGGAUAACUUGAGGGCCUGGAAUCGAAACCUACGAUUCCGGGGCCUUCCAGGAAGGGAGAGGUGGUGCUGCGGGAAUUAGAGGCUAGGAUCCCCCGGUCAUUGGAGGGACUGACGGCCCUAGGCCCCUGAGUUCUGUAGGGAAGUAGAGAAGCUGGGAUUCUAUGAGUCCUUGGAGAGAAGUUGCGGCUCUAAACCCUAGGGUCAGGGGAGAGAGGGGAGUACUGGAGAGCUCCAGGUUUUCUUCUCCCUGGGGCCACCCCACCCCUCCCCGGAAGCAUCCGACGUCCAACGCCUCAAGCCGACCGCGUGCAGGGUCUACCCAGCUGGACUCCGGGAGCGCCAACCCAGCCUUCAGGCCUGAAUUCGGGCAUCCCGUGACCAUUGCCCACGUCGCCUGCCAUUCACGUCCGCUCCCGCCAAUCCCCUCUCGCCGUCCGGGGCCGGCCCCGCCCACUGCAGCUGUGCUUCCACUGGCUCCCACGAAAACGAGGCACGGUCAUCCCCUCCAUUGCCAUUUGCUCGCAGGGGCGUCAGUCACCUAGGACUCGCCCCCGCCGCUCAGCCAUUGGACAUAGCCAUUAGACGUCAGCUAGAAAAGGAUUCUGGUUAACAGGGAAAGCAAUCAAGUCUAAAUCCGACCUCAUCAGGCCGAGCUCGUCGGGGAUUUUAUGAAACUAGCUGGCAAUCUUCACAAGAACCGCCUUCCACGUGUACUCAUUGGCUGGCGGGCAUGACCAUCCACCGGGUGCCCGUCCAGCCCGUUCAAAGAGCCCUUUCGUAGGCCCAUCUUCCCAGCCCACUUCACUCUUUGGAGCCGUCAAUCUGGUCCCAAAGCCGCCCCGCGAUUCUGGAAUUCCAGCCUCAUUGGACCUCUCGUCCUCUCGGAUCGCCUCGAUUUGCCCGCCCCCGCAACCCAUUGCCUCCUAGAGCUGUCGAUCACUCGGUUGGCUCCCGCCUCUUGCCUCUCGCGGUUGCCCGAUUGGCCGCGCGCCUUCAGAGCUCGCGAUUGGUGCCCGGGGAGCAGCGGGCGCUUCCCAUUGGCCGGGCGCCGCCGUCCGUCAAGCCGCCGGCGGGAGGAGGUGGCCCCCUUCCCCCUCCCCCCUCGUCGUCUUCCCAGCCGCUGGGCUCCCAGAGUGCUCCGCGGCCGUGU